AUGCUGCUGCACAAGCCAAAAGUUAAGCAAAAAAAAUAUGAAGCUUUAGAAACUAGAGAGGAAGUUAUUAGAUAUGAUUCACCUGGGCAUUCCUCUUUUUUUCUUCUAAAUCCUAAUCUUUCUAAGCAAAUGCAUUCAUGUAUUAAGUUCAGUACUGCUGCCAAAAAAAAGCAGAAAGAAAUUAUUAAAGUAUGCACUAUUUCUCAUUUAAAAAAAGAAAUAGAAGAAAAUAUUAAAUUUAUAUAUCAUGCACCUGUAAACAUAGUAUCUAGAAAUGAAAUGCCCAAAUAUAUAGACGAGUACUAUUGUUUGCAAAUGAUCAAAAAUGCAAAACAAUUUGCUAGUGCUUUUGCCUUUUAUUCUGUAAUUAUAUCACAAGAUGAUAAGGCAAAAGUUCCACUUAGAAUAUCAGCAGUUGAGAGGAAAUUUAAAACUGUGCAAUCUUCUCAUGAACCAGUUGCAAUACCUG